AUACCCAUGUUCCCCCGCAUCUUCCGUCCUAGUAAUAAUCUCAGCAAUAGUACCUCCUCAGCGGCAUCCCGACUCGCGCAGCUUACUAGCACAAUCAUCCCCCAGACUCACUCAAUCAGACCGUUCGUAUCGACCAUGGCGUCUGCGUCUGCCUCACCAGAUAUCACUCUCUACAGCAUGGCCACGCCCAAUGGCGUCAAGGUCUCCAUUCUUCUAGAGGAGCUAGGCCUGCCGUACAAGACGGUUCCGAUCGACAUUUCCACGAACCAGCAGAAGGAGGAGUAA